CCAGACACGUUGCUCUGGGAGAAGCAACACGCGCCGCCUCAAUCGCAGUGCUGCUUCUCUCGCGCACGUAGCGCACAUCAGCUGCUCCCCGUGCAGGCGCCCUGGAUACAGCGCUGAACAAAGAGGCUGCUCUCUGCUCCAUCCUGCUAAGGUCAGUGAUGGUCAGUGCUGCUUAGCGGCUCCCUCCCGAGGAUGUCUGCUACCGACUCGGAGAGCUCCAUCGAUUGGCUGGCGACCGACAACGAGGAGGACGAGGACAAUGAGCUGGAUGUCGCGGCGCGGAGGCCCCUGGUGGAGGCGCUCCACCCGGGCAGGCGGGCCGACGCGGUGAAGAGGGUCUGGAGCGCGGCCGGCGGCGGCGGCGGCGGUGACGCCGCCAGGAGACCGGGUCAGACCACAGCGGGGGGAGAGGCGAGGAUGGCCAGGAACCCGCUGAAGAGGCCCCACGGCCUAGUGGAGGGCCCGCCGCCGCAGCCCCUCUCCAUCCAGGAGGGCCGGGAGCAGGUCUUCACCAGGAAGUGUAUGGCAUUACAAUGCUACAUUCAUCCGUUAUCGUCCAUCCUGAAUGGCCUUCGCUCGGGGAGAUACAGAGAACCUUCAGCCCCUCUGCAGAGACAACGUGACUCACGACGGACCUCCCCGCUUCCUCUGUGUACAGGACUCAGCAGUUUCCAGGAGAGCGUCGCCAUCGACAGGAUCCAGAGGAUCAUGGGGGUGUUGCAGAAUCCCUGCAUGGGUGAGAAGUAUGUCAACAUCAUUCUCAAGAUGGAGGACAUGCUGAAGAGCUGGUUUCCCAAUGUACAACCCCAAGACCAACCACCAGGCGCUCAGACGGAGCAUGAAGCUCCCCCUAAGAAACUCAAGCUCUCCUCCCCGGUGGGCACGGACCUGACCAGCGCCCCGUCCCUCGCCAGUGCCGGCGCUCCUGGCGUUCCCGCGGCACACAGCCCCACGGCCCUGCGCGUCCCGGACCACAGACCGCCCGGGGCCAAGUCGGUCGGCAGCAGACCGACGUGGCUCCACCCCUCCCCCAUCUGCUCGCCCAGCGCGGGACAGCCCCCGCCGCCCCCGCCGCCGCUGCCGCCACCCCCUCCGCAGCAGGCGCCGCCGCCCCGGGCCCUGGAUGGCCCCGGGCCCCAGCCUCCGGCCCCCAGAGACCAAGCGCUAACGCAGGACAGCGCGGUGUCCUCCAGCACGGACCGCUACGCGAAAACAGACGCUGCCGCUCCCCUGAAACCGCCCCCGCUGGGCAAAAAGAUCAACGCGCCCUGUCUGGAGAGGCUCCUCAAGUCCACCGAGAGCAUCAUCGGCCACAAGGCGUCGGGGCGCGUCGUGGGCGACAGUUAGUCCUAGCCCAGGGAGGCGGGUACGCCUAGCCUAGCCUUGCCUAGCCUUGCAUGCCCUACUGGGAGCCCGACAGCUCACUUAGUCCAUUCCAGCCUUCAAGAGAAGAGAGAGGGUUCACAGAGCACACCGUGGACCGUGUUUGAAGAGCAUGAGCAGCGUGUUGAGUGAACUGUGUCCUCUACACGGGAACGCGCCCUCCCUCAGCCGACGCCACUUCAGUUUAGAUCCGUUGGGUGAACUCUUUUUUUAUUUUGUUUGCACUGUCAGGUGUGUGUGUGUGUGUGUGUGUGUGUGUGUGUGUGUGUGUGUGUGUGUGUGUGUGUGUGUGUGUGUGUGUGUGUGUGUGUGUGUGUGUGUGUGUGUGUGUGUGUGGGGGGGGGGGGGGGGGAUGAGGAUGAAAAUGUAAUGACUGAGAUCCACAGCUUUGCUUUGUCAGCAAUUGUAGAAUUGUUGUAUUUCCGAGCUCGUAGAUGCAAUAAUAUCCCUUCAAAAUGUCUGCCACCAUGCUCGUAAAAAGGGAAUCUGGUUAAAAAGAAACGAGAGGGAACCUUUAAGUUCUAUAGAAACGUAACUGUACUCAAUUCAAGUCACUCUCUCGCUCUCCCCCUCUCUCUAUCACUCUCUCUCUCCCUCUCUCUAUCACUCUCACUAUCUCACUCUCAUGUCUCCACUCCUGUUUUUUUUGUUUUCUCCAUGUGACUGUUGACAUGUGACAUUUGUAUACUUAGAAUCAAAGUUGUUCUUGUACAACUGUUCUACCUCAACGGGGAACCACAUCCAUGUUUGUGGGUAGGACUGUAAACACUACAUUCUACUGGACCAGACCCCCCCCACGCACCGCCCCCCUUGCUAGAUCUGCAGUGACCAUCCAGGCCGUUGAGGGGGUGAGGUCUAGAUGGCGCGUUUCUUCAGCUCGUUCCAACGGCAGAUGCUCUCUCUCUCUCUUCUCUCGCUCUCUCCGUGGGGAUACUCGUUUGACCUCACUGGUGCCAUUGUUAAGAAUGUGAACUACAGCUGUCUCUGUCUCUGUCUCUCUGUCUCUCUGUCUCUCUGUCUCUGUCUCUGUCUCUUUCUCUGUCUCUGUCUCUCUCUCUCUCUCUCUCUCUCUGUCUCUGUCUCUCUCUCUCUGUGUGGCUCUCUCUGUCUCUCGCUCUCUCUCUCUCUCUCUCUCUCAGUAGAAGGUAAAACGUGCCUGUAAAGUCGAGCUGUGCCUGCAAGCUGGUUUAACAUGGAAACAGAAAAUAACAAAAUGACGAAAACAACAUUCAAAACACCGGAUUCUCUUGAUGGAUGUCUUUAACUCCUGCCGUUUCCAAUCUCAUUUAAAUUAUUCAAGCCUUGCCAACCACUACAUGUGGGGAAGAUGGAUGCUCAUUUCAUAGCCACAUAACUGGAUAGUGUGUGUUAGACCAGCACAGAGUGACAAGCUUUUUCUCUGUAUAAAUGUUUCUAAAAGAUGGUUGAUUUACCCUGAAAAGUGGCCUUGAUCGUGUGAUAUUUUAUACUUUCGAAAUAAAUGUGGUUAUAUUUGUUUGGUGCAAAAUUA